UCCUUUUCAACUCAAAGUCCAACAGGCGGAGUAGGUGGUGACACCAACGACGAUACACAUGCAUGAUGUAACCUAAUCAUAUAUGAUCGGCGGAUACUAUGGUCUAUACUACAGACCGACUCCAGGUGUUUCUGCCAUAAAUAUCGAUGCCGUCCAGGCUAUCUAGCUCCAGGCAGGACACAAGCACGCACUCUGCUCUCCCUGCAUAUCUUGCUAGCAGCUCACACACAGUCAGACGAUCGAGCACCAUGGCUGCAAGAUGCAGCGGCGGCGGCAUCGCUCUCGUACUGUUGCUCCUGGCGCUGGCCGGCACCUCGUCGGCGCAGCUGUCCACCGGCUUCUACUCCAGCUCCUGCCCCGGCGUGUACAGCGCCGUCAAGUCGGUGGUGCAGUCCGCCAUCGACAAGGAGAAGCGCAUGGGCGCCUCCAUCGUUCGCCUCUUCUUCCACGACUGCUUCGUCCAAGGUUGCGACGCGUCGCUGCUGCUGGAUGACACGUCCAGCUUCCAGGGCGAGAAGAUGGCGACGCCAAACAACGGCUCCGUCAGAGGAUUCGAGGUCAUCGACGCCAUCAAAUCCGCCGUAGAAAAAGUCUGCCCCGGCGUCGUCUCCUGCGCCGACAUCCUUGCCAUCGCCGCAAGGGACAGCGUCGUCAUUCUGGGCGGGCCCAACUGGGACGUCAAGGUUGGGAGGAGGGACUCCACCACGGCCAGCUUCAGCGGCGCCAACAACAACAUCCCGCCGCCGACGUCGGGCCUCGCCAACCUGACAUCCCUCUUCGCUGCGCAGGGACUAUCCCAAAAGGACAUGGUCGCGCUCUCCGGAGCCCAUACCAUUGGCCAAGCACGCUGCACCAACUUCAGGGCCCACGUCUACAAUGACACCAACAUCGAUGGCGCCUUUGCAAGAACGAGGCAAUCAGCAUGUCCUCGAACCUCAGGUUCAGGUGACAACAAUUUGGCUCCUCUGGACCUUCAAACCCCAACCGCAUUUGAGAACAACUACUACAAGAAUCUUGUUUGCAAGAAGGGGCUUCUGCACUCUGACCAGGAGCUCUUCAACGGUGGAUCCACCGAUGCACAAGUCCAAUCAUACGUUAGUAGCCAGAGCGCAUUUUUCGCUGAUUUUGUGACGGGCAUGAUCAAGAUGGGUGGCAUCACACCACUGACGGGCUCCAACGGGGAGAUCAGGAAGAACUGCAGAAGGAUUAACUAAGAGGCAGUGCAAUAGCACACGCACUAUCCAUUGAGACAUCUCGAUAAUGAUACUAUCUUGCAAGUUUGUAUUCUCUCUGUUUUUAUUUGCACAACUGUGAAAUCGUUAUGAAUGUUUUCAGAUAUGAUGUCUGUUCGUUUAAAUUAA